AUGGCGCCAGUCUAUGCUCGUAUCCACCGGGAUUACAAUGCGUUGCUUCGGGACUCGAACACUAUCCAGGCUAUCUCGGCAGCUCGAGACGAGAUUCGCAAGUUCCUGGACUCUGCCGAUCAGCACAUCGAGGAGAUUGCCCUGCGCCCUCCGAAACGGCCGUCGACUCCAGCUCCCCAGCUGCCGGAUCCCAUGAAGUUAGAUACUGAGCUGGACUCGACGCCAGCUAACUUCUCUAGAGUCGUUGCCUUUUGUGACUUCUACAAUGCCAACCCCGUUUAG